AUGCGUUUCAUGCACAUCUUGGCGUCCACCGCGGCGCUCACGUCUGCGAUGUCGAUCGCGGACCUGAACCAGCGGGAUGAGCAGAGCGUUGACUCAAAGGCCGACGGCAACCUUGGUACCCAGUCCAAUGAGCCUAAGAUUGACCCAUCCACAAUUGGAAACAAGGUUGACGCUUCCAAGCCGGAAGACAAUAAGGAAGAUGUCAAGAAGGGUGAUCAGAAUCAGAAGUGGGGUGACAAUGGCAACAAUGGCAACCAGGGCGAGCACAAGGAAGAGCCCAAGAAGGAAGAGCCCAAGAAGGAUGAUCAGAAUCAGAAGUGGGGUGACAAUGGCAACCAGGGCGAGCACAAGGAGGGGCCCAAGUACGAGGAGCCUAAGAAAGAAGAGCCCAAGUAUGAGGAGCCCAAGAAGGAGGAGAACAAGUGGGAUGACCACAAGGACGAGCACAAGGAGCACGAGUACCCGGCGCCCAUCACCAAGGAGUACACCAAGGAGCACGAAUACCCCGUCACUAAGGAGUACACCAAGGAGUACACCAAGGAACACGAGUACCCUGUUACCAAAGAGUACACCAAGGAGUACACCAAGAACCACGAAUACCCCGUCACCAAGGAGUAUACCAAGGAGUACACCAAGGAGCAUGAGUACCCCGUCACUUACACCAAGGAGUAUACCAAGGAGCACGAGUACCCCGUCACCAAGGAGUACACCAAGGAGUACACCAAGGAGCAUGAGUAUCCCGUCACCUACACCAAGGAGCACGAGUACCCCGUCACCUAUACCAAGGAGCACGAGUACCCUGUCACUUACACCAAGGAGUACACCAAGGAGCACGAGUUCACCUACACCAAAGAGCAACCCCCCGUCACCUACACCAAGGAGCACGAGGUCACCUACACCCAGGAGCAGCCCGUCACCUACACCAAGGAGCAUGAACAGACCUACACCACCACGGUCAUCACCACUGAUAUUUACACUACCUUCUGUCCUUCUCCUACCACCAUCACUGCUGGCAGCACCACUUAUACUGUCACCGAGCCGACUACUCUGACCAUUACCAACUGCCCUUGCACUAUUACCCAGUCUCCUCCGCCUCCUCCUCCUCCGGUUACCACGGUUAUUCCCCCACCGCCGCCUCCGGUCACCACCGUGGUUCCUCCUCCCAACAGCUCGGUCGCGCCUCCGCCGCCUCCUCCUCCUCCUCCCCCUCCUCCUCCUCCUCCUCACACCAGGCCUCCUCCUCCUCUGGUCACCUCCGUGCCACCACCACCUCCUCCUCACACCGUUGUUCCUCCUCCCAACACUUCGGUUGUUCCUCCUCCUCCCCCUCCUCCCCACACUGUGGUUCCCCCUCCUCCUCCUCCGCCACCACCUGCCACUGGCACAGUUCCUCCGGUCAUCCCCACUGGUGCUGCCGCCAACAACAAGGCUGGUCUCGGAGCUCUCGUCGUCGCUGGUAUUGCCGCUCUGGCUCUCUAA